CACACAGCCAUCCAUCCUCCCUUCUCCCACUCUCCCCGUUCUUCUCUAUAGGCCCCCAUCUCCGCCGCCGGCCAGGGGGGCACCGACCGCCACCAUGAGUUCCUUCAGCUACGAGCCGUACUACUCGACCUCCUACAAGCGGCGCUACAUGGAGACUCCCCGAGUGCACAUCUCCAGCGUGCGCAGCGGCUACAGCACCGCGCGCUCCGCUUACUCCAGCUACUCGGCGCCCGUCUCCUCCUCCCUGUCCGUGCGCCGCAGCUACUCGUCCAGCUCCGGCUCCUUGAUGCCCAGUCUCGAGACCCUCGACCUGAGCCAGGUAGCCGCCAUCAGCAACGACCUCAAGUCGAUCCGCACCCAGGAGAAGGCGCAGCUGCAGGACCUCAACGACCGCUUCGCCAGCUUCAUCGAGCGCGUGCACGAGCUGGAGCAGCAGAACAAGGUCCUGGAAGCCGAGCUGCUGGUGCUGCGCCAGAAGCACUCCGAGCCCUCCCGCUUCCGGGCGCUGUACGAGCAGGAGAUCCGCGACCUGCGCCUGGCGGCGGAAGACGCCACCAACGAGAAGCAGGCGCUCCAGGGCGAGCGCGAAGGGCUGGAGGAGACUUUGCGCAACCUGCAGGCGCGCUAUGAAGAGGAGGUGCUGAGCCGCGAGGACGCCGAGGGCCGGCUGAUGGAAGCCCGCAAAGGAGCCGACGAGGCGGCUCUCGCCCGCGCCGAGCUCGAAAAGCGCAUCGACAGCCUGAUGGACGAAAUCGCCUUUCUGAAGAAAGUGCACGAAGAGGAGAUCGCCGAGCUGCAGGCGCAGAUCCAGUACGCGCAGAUCUCCGUGGAGAUGGACGUGUCCUCCAAGCCCGACCUCUCCGCCGCGCUCAAGGACAUCCGCGCCCAGUACGAGAAGCUGGCCGCCAAGAACAUGCAGAACGCCGAAGAGUGGUUCAAGAGCCGCUUCACUGUGCUGACCGAGAGCGCCGCCAAGAACACCGACGCGGUGCGCGCCGCCAAGGACGAGGUGUCCGAGAGCCGCCGCCUGCUCAAGGCCAAGACCCUGGAGAUCGAGGCGUGCCGGGGCAUGAACGAAGCGCUGGAGAAGCAGCUGCAGGAGCUGGAGGACAAGCAGAACGCCGACAUUAGUGCUAUGCAGGACACAAUCAACAAACUAGAAAAUGAAUUGAGAACCACGAAGAGUGAGAUGGCCCGAUACCUGAAAGAAUACCAGGACCUCCUGAAUGUGAAGAUGGCUUUGGACAUUGAGAUUGCAGCUUACAGGAAACUCCUGGAAGGUGAGGAGACCCGGCUCAGCUUCACCAGCGUGGGAAGCGUAACCAGCGGCUACACCCAGAGCUCUCAGGUCUUUGGCCGAUCUGCCUAUGGCGGUUUGCAGACCAGCUCCUACCUGAUGUCCGCCCGCUCCUUCCCGUCUUACUACACCAGCCACGUCCAGGAGGAGCAGAUCGAGGUGGAGGAGACCAUUGAGGCUGCGAAAGCCGAGGAAGCCAAGGACGAACCCCGCUCUGAAGGAGAGGCCGAGGAGGAGGAGAAGGAGAAGGAGGAGGCUGAGGAAGAGGAGGGAGCUGAAGAGGAAGAAGCUGCCAAGGAAGAAUCUGAGGAGGCAAAGGAGGAAGAAGGAGGUGAAGGCGAAGAAGGAGGUAAGGGCGAAGAAGGGGCUAAAGUCGAAGAAGGAGCUAAAGUAGAAGAAGGAGCUAAAGUCGAAGAAGGAGAAGAAACCAAAGAAGCUGAGGAGGAGGAGAAAAAAGAUGAAAGUGCUGGGGAGGAGCAAGCAACUAAGAAGAAAGAUUGAGCCCCCCUUUCCUCAAUUUUUCCAGGAAUAAUUCUCCCGAAAUCAGGUCAAUCCCAUCACCAACCAACCAGUUGAGUUCCAGAUACUAUGUGAAUUAAGCAGUCAAUAUACGUAUAAUUCUGAGAUGCCUUAGGUUGGACACUCAGUGUUGCGCUACGACUUUUCUCCUCAUGCAGAGUAUCUGCUUGCUUGCAGAGUGGCUUCCUGGCUCGCUGCCAGCCUGUGCAUGGUCCACGCUUAUGAGUUCAGGAUCUAUGGCAAUGUGAAUAAUUCAGAUGUUUACAGCUAAAAAAAACAACAUGAGUAAAUGAAUUCACUAAUGUUAAUGUUAAAAUUCAUGGAAAAAGUAGUCCUUUGAACCUUUGGUGGUUAGAAAUUAAAGACCUCGAAUUAUGUGCAAUAAAUAGUAAAUAAAGUUACACUGACUGACA